ACAACACUGAACUGUCAGACAACUUCUGCUUUUCACUGCGCUGCACUGAUUUAAAUUCACACAAUUAACUUUACUCACCACUUGUACCGCCGCAGCCGAACAGGGACGUAUUCAACUCGUCGUCUUAUCAAAUACCUGCUACCUUGUACCAAGUUGACUUUGAUAGUUGGUAAGUUUUGUUUACUACGAAGACUGAAGGUAGCUUAGCUCGUGUAGCAUUAAGCUAAUUGUUUUUAUAGUUCAUGGAAGGCUUAGUUGCUCUGCAGUACACAAGAGAAUAUAACUGCCAGUUAGCCUCAUUUGGUCGGUGACCGUGUCUAAUUAAGGAAGUCGUUUUAAGGAGAUUUGAUUCCAAGCUGCGUGUCAAAGUGAGCCUACAGUAUUUGCACAAACAUGCAGUAACAUGAUGCAUGGCAGUAAUAGUUGUAACAUGUCAGUACAGUAAUGCCGCUACCCGUCAACUUUCCCCUGAGACCCUGAGAACGCCUUAUAUUGCUGUUGUGUAAAGAUCGUUGUCAUGGCUUUAACAGUUGUUGUAGUGUGUUUCCAAAGGUGCAAAGCAACUCACGGACCACCUGAGACACACAGCUGACCGUGAUGGUGUCAGAAAAGGAAAGAACAUUCACUCCUGUCCUCUCCUGCACAUUGACUCCCUCCUGGGAGUGAACUGAUUAGGUUGAAAUGUCAGUGAAGAUGACUUCAUUAUGUUUUGGAAUGGAGAUUCUGGAGUGAUGGAGAACAAAGAGCAGAGUGUCUUGUCACAUGUACCUAACAGUAGCCUUGCAGAAGAGCAGGCCACCAUACCUCCUCAGCGAGGACUUCUCCACAUUUGGCAGUCAGGGGCGCCGAGUGAGCCUCUUUGCCCAGAAAGAGUGCAUCUGUCCCAGUGUAUCUUACAGGUGGCCCUGGGAGAACAUCAUGGACUCCUGCUGGCACACGGUGGUCAGGUGUACUCUUUUGGAGAGCUUCUCUGGAGGGGCCUAAGUGUCCCGGUGUCAACUCCAAUGUUGGAGCUCUCCCUACAAGGGACGACGGUAGUCCGUGUGGCGUCUGGUGGUUUCCAUUGCGGAGCAGUGAGCGAGCAGGGCAGCGUGUACAUGUGGGGGGAGAACACCGCUGGACAGUGCGGGACGACCGAGGGUGGCACGGACUCAAAUGUUACUGUUGCAGAACCAUACCCUGUCGCUGUGGUGGACAAUGAAGCGGUUCCUCCUGUUGUGGUUCGCAUCAUGGACCUAGCGUGCGGACGGGAGCACAGCCUGGCUCUGUCGGCCCAGAAUGAGCUGUGGGCCUGGGGCAGCGGCUGUCAGCUCGGCCUGGUCACAAGCAACUUUCCUGUAUGGAAACCUCAAAAGGUGGAGCAUUUAGCAGGCAGGCACGUGAUUCAGGUGGCUUGCGGGGCCUAUCACAGCCUGGCUCUAGUUCGUAGUUUACAUCUACAAAACUCGAAUACACAUAAAUCUCAGGAACGAAGGCCCCCAUCACACCUGUUGCCGACAAAGAAAGAAGAGUCUCUUGCCGUCGAUGAUGCUCAAUACUGUCCGCUGGGGGUGGAGCUCACUGAAAGCAUGCCAGCAGAUACUUCAGCCAGAAGAAGCUCUAAACAAAGGUUUCUACCAGCUGGCAGUACCCAUGGAUAUCCAACUGUUUUAUUUCCAUAUUCUUACAGCAUAUCGAACAACAAAGAGAAUGAUCAAGCUGACCCUAUAACCGAGACGGACAGCCAUGCUACAUCAUACACACUGCCAGCCUUGACAGAUAAACAAAAAAGUGCUUUACCAAAUGAGCUGGACCUUCAGAAUCUUCUUCAGAAACUCUCGGGUCACUCAUUAGAGAUGCAAAAGAGCAUCAGGCUUGGAGAUACAGACUCACUGAGCAGCCACACUUCAGAUGACAGCUGCAUUUCCUUAACUCCUUUCAACGACCUGCUAUCCUCCAGGUGUAAAAGUGACGUGACAGUGUGCAGUGACGUGCUCAGAUCCUCCUCUCCAGUGGGCUUGGAAGAGUUUUCCCUGACGAAGAAGACGCAGGGACAAAAGAGCUCCAGCCUGACAGACAUAAACCAGGGGGGAGAAACCAGAAACAGCCGAUGCUCCCUUCCUGGAGCACCCCCCCAUGCAACUCCAUAUCCACAGCACCUUUGUGCCAGCAAGCCAUCAUCUCUUGGCUCGAUCCACUCUCCAGUAACAGAGGAUGGUUUUCCGACCCUGGAGACAGAGGUGUGGAGCUGGGGCAGGGGCUCUGAGGGACAACUAGGCCAUGGAGAUCAACUGGCGAGACUCCAGCCUCUUUGUAUUAAGAGUUUGACAGGUGAGGAAGUGAUCAAAGUUGCUGCAGGAUCACACCAUUCACUGGCUCUCACCGCUCAAUGCCAGGUGUACUCAUGGGGCAGCAACAUGUGCGGACAGCUUGGUCAUGUCAACAGUCCUGGUACUCUCCCGCAGCAUGUUAAGUUGUCUGACAAUGUUCGGGCCUGGGAUGUGUCAGCGGGCCAGAGCCACUCCCUCCUCUUGGCUGAUAGAGACAGUGAGCAGCCUGUCCUAUUGUACUGUGGACAGCAGCAGGAGCCAAGGUUGAAGCAGAGUGAGACAUCCUAUCAGAGCAAGCGGUCAUGCCAGAGGUCACCCAACAGGGCAGAGAAUUACAGAGUCAGACCCGCUUUGCUGCCUUUCUGCAUGGAGAUGGGUUACAUCAGCAGUGUGUCCAGCGGUGGCCAAAGGUGUGCGCUACUGGCAAACCGCAACAACAUGGGUUUCAUCUCCACCAUCCAUGAACUGGCGUGCAUAGAGAGAAAGUUUUACUACUGGUUGAGCAGGGUCCGGAAGCUGCUUCUCACGCCACUCUACAACAAAGAGAGUGUACGUCCCUGCCUUGGUGAGACGUGCUCCCGCCUCUUCCUUUCGCUCUGUGGGACUUUUAAUCGUCUGAGCACCCUGAUUGGUCAACACUCAACAUUGCUCAGCCGUUUUGUGCAUGAGGUGCAAUACCAUGAUGUCACUUCUCUUCACCUGCUUAGCCACACUCAGCUCUUCCUGGACAUCUACUCUGCAUAUUGCGCGGCCGUAGGUGACUUCCAGGUCAUGGGUGGACUUCCGUUGCUCCAUAAGCUCUCCCUUGAGUGUUUAGGUUCCAAGCAGACCAAACUUUCACAGCUUUCUGAAUCUGACCCAUCAGCCAGUGGUGGUGUUGAUCUGGAUUCCUUGUUGUACUGGCCUCUGCAGCAGCUCCACCAGUACAGCCAAGUUCUGCUUAAACUGGAAGCCUGCUACCACGUGCUUACAAGAGAGUAUCAGUCCCUCCAUCUGAGCUGUAUGCAGUAUGAAAGCCUCUCUACAUCACUGCUGAGAAGGAAGAAGGAGGCUGAAGCCACUUUCAUCUUCUGGAAGAGUCACUCAGGAAAAAACACAGAGGGUCUGCGUCUCCCGCAGCGUCGAGUUUUAUGUGAAAGCAGCAAUAGAACCCUGAACCUGCAGGGUGCUGGGCGCUUCUCCAACCACUGGUUCAUACUGUUCAAUGAUGCACUGGUUCACAUACAGGGCGCCAUUCCCUCUCAGAACCUUUUCUCCACUCAUCAUGUUUACCCACUGAACUGUUUGUGGGUAAAACCACUUCCUGACAACAACAGUGGAUGCCAUGCCAUUCAAAUCACGUGUCCAGAAGAGACCUUCACUCUGGUGGCCUCAACGCCGCAAGAGAAGAACAAGUGGCUUCAUUUUCUCAAUCAAGAGGUGGAUGGGGUGCUGGCUGGUGGAGGUCAGGGGGCAUCGCCAGGAAUAACAACAAUGUCCCGCACGGCGUCGUACACAUUCACAGGAGAAGGAAGAUUCAAAGACGCCCAGUAUACUGGCAGUUGGCAUGCUGGACGUGUUCACGGCCGAGGAACUAUGAGCUGGCCGGCUGGACGAACCUACACCGGGAACUUUAAAAAUGGAUUGGAGGAUGGCUAUGGGGAGUGUAUAAUUCCCAACAAGCUGCUGAGUAAAGCAGGCUGCUACCAGGGACACUGGCGGGACGGCAAGAUCCAUGGCUUUGGCAUCUACAGGUAUGCCACAGGUGAGGUGUAUGAGGGCUGCUUCAGUGAUGGCCAGCGCCAUGGCUACGGGAUGUUGAGCUCCGGGAAGAUGGACAAGACUUCUUCAGGCGUUUUCAUUGGUCAGUGGGUCUAUGACAAGAAGACUGGAUAUGGCGUUUAUGAUGACAUCACCAGGGGUGAGAAGUACAUGGGAAUGUGGCUGGAUGAUGAGAGGCACGGGAACGCCGUGGUGGUGACUCAGUAUGGUGUGUACUACGAAGGAAACUUCAAGGAAAACAAGAUGAGCGGUCCAGGUCUGCUCGUAUCAGAUGAUGACACAGCCUUCCGUGGGGAGUUUUCUGAAAACUGGAGUGUCAAUGGGAAGGGUGUUUUAUCCCUCGCCAACGGUGACUCUUUAGAAGGCCAUUUCAGUGGCGAGUGGAAUGCAGGCCUGAAGGUGACUGGAACUUACACCAAACUAGCCCCUGAUGAGCCUGAAAACAAAGACAGAGAAAACCUAUUCAGGUUGGGUCAGUAUCUGGUGGCUGCAGGUGAGAGGUGGGUAUGCGUCUUUGACGAGUGUUGGAGGAGACUGGGCUGUGACGUCGCUGGUAGAGGAGACAGGACAACAGCCUGGGAAAACAUAGCAGUUUCCAUAUCAAGUGGACGUCAACACAGCCCACACCUCAGCAGGUCUCAACGCAGAGUAUUGGAGAGUUUGGAGUGUAUUCCUCAGCAUGGAGAAGCAGUCACCAUCAAAAACUACGACAGAAUACAAAGAUACCUCACGAAGGCAUGCGAAGCCCCGAUCCACCCUCUGGGCUGGCUGGUAGAGACUUUGGUGACCGUCUACAGGAUGACUUACGUGGGUGUGGGAUCGAACCGCAGGCUGCUGAGAGAGGCUGUAAAUGAGGUGCAGGCCUACCUCAAACACUUCUACUCCAUUGUCAGGUUCCUGUUUCCUGGGUUACCAGAAGAUGGCGACAUCCUGCCAGAAACUCCAGUUUCUCCUCCUAAAAUCAGAUACAGCUCCAAUUCAGAAGAAGUAAGUUUUGUCACAGUCGUGAGCUGCUCCUCUCUGCUCCUCCCACUGCUCCUCCCACAACUCUAUCCACCACUGUUCAUGUUGUACUGCCUGCACGAUGAACAGCAGGAGGUGCAGUACUGGGAGCGCAUCCUGCGACUCAACAAGCAGCCCGAUCAGUCCCUGCUCAGCUUCCUGGGUGUACAGGAAAAGUUUUGGCCAAAGUGCAUGUCAGUUCUUGGAGAGCAACAACAGAUUGUAUCCAGCAGUAGAGAUGUCAGCUUUGUUUGCGCUGUCGAGACACUCCAACAAAUAAGCACAACCUUCACUCCAGCAGACAAACUCGUGGUCAUCCAGAGGACAUUUGAGGAGUUGACACAGGAAAUAAAACCAAUGCAGGAUAGUGACUUCCUGUGGUGUAUGGAUGACCUGCUCCCUCUAUUCCUCUACAUCGUGCUCAGGGCGAGAAUCAGGAAUUUGGGAGCUGAAGUGAGUCUGAUAGAAGAUUUGAUGGAUCCCAAUCUUCAGCAUGGGGAGCUGGGACUGAUGUUAACUACACUGAAAGCCUGCUACAUCCAGAUCCAGCUGGAGUCCACCAUAUAGAUGUGAUGAUGAGGAUAGACACCACCCCCUGUAGCUACCAGGAACAAGUUACGAGGGUCACCUCUUUCAUCCCAUACUAACAAGUAUUUCUGAGCACUUCUGUCUAGACGCUGUCACCAUUCUUACUUUUGCACAGCUCAAGAAUGUUAUUGUACCUCUAGUCGCACCCCACACACUCUCACAUUUACUGUGUAUAUACUUAAUGUCAGGUCACAUGGGCAACACCAAAAUGUCUUUCUUUUGUUAUCACUUUCCACCAGAAAACGCCACGUCAAGGGAACGGAAAUCGCAUGUUUAUUAGCCAACACGAUAGUGCAAAUAAAAAUAAAAUAACAUUAAAUUAAUGAAAUUAAAGUAUAGUUUGGCGUUUUAGUAAUUAGUUGAUGAGUGCAAAGGUGUUGAUGUCAAUUAAACUGACCAUUUGAGUUUCGCAGCUCAGCAAGAUAAACAGACAGUAAAUCCUCGCUUUUCGUUGCGGUUAAGUUCCGUCUGUUUUUUUCUAUUUUUACAAUGUCUGCUUUUGACUCCCGGCUCGCUCCGCUUCCAAACCCUCCUUCGAGCUUGAUGUUGACCUCUGAUUUCAGAUCCACAUUUGCAAUAAAAGUGACUGCUGUAAUUAUUUA